AGAGGAGAGAGGUCAAGGGGUCCCCCCGCCGGGCUGCCGCCCGCCGCCGGGCGCCGCGCGGGCAGGUCCGAGGCGCCGCCGCCAUAGCGGCCCCCGCGCCUGGAGGUUCCAACGACAACCUCCCGUUCUAGCAAGAUUCUUCUCGCCCGUGGGAAGGGCAAGAUUUUCUCGCCCGUGGGAAGGGCAAGAUUGUUCUCGCCCGUGGGAAGGGCAAGAUUCAGUGUUCUCGCCCGUUGGUAGGGCAAGAUUGUUCUCGCCCGCUGGAAGGCAAGAUUGUUCUCGCCCGCUGGAGGGCAUUACUCGACGUGACCCCGAGCAUAUAUCAAGAUGUUGCCACAGAUGUCGUCAGAGGACUUCUUCGCCAAGCUGGACGAGAGGCUGGGCAAGCAGAUCGAAGAGAAGAUCAAGCCUGUUCGAACUGGUUUGGAAAGCUUACAAAGUACGGUAGCAUCGCACAACGAGCAGAUCCAGGCACUCCAGAACGACAUGUUUACGAUGAAGACCGGCCCUGGCAGCGGGGUGAGCACCGAUGCAGGUAGUGCGACGGGAAUCCCGACGACCAGAGCAUUUGUACCUUCAAAGAUUAUUUUGAAAAAUUUUGCUGAAUAUGCCACCAGGAAGGACACCGGGAUAGACCGACCGCAGGCCGAGCUGUUGAUUACGAAGCUAGUGGAGGCGGCGCCACCGUCCCUCAAACCAAAGAUCCAUCACGAGAAAAUGACUCUCGGGCGAGGUGCGAAAUCUGACAGGGUUUUCGUCCCCGUGGAGACGGGCUUCGCGGAGGAAAUCGCUGGGUUGUUCGAGGCCGCGCUCGCCUCCUACACGUUCAGCGGGCGCAAAGUCUGGGCUCAGAUCGAGAGGGAGCCGGCGGUCCAGCAACGGUUUUCAGCGUUUGGGAAGACCCAGGACUUCAUCCGGACGGUGUUGAUGCAGAACGCCGGGCAGGUGUCUAUCCAGUGCACGUGGCAACCCGAUUUCCACAUCUUGGUUAACAACCUUGAGGCUGGCAUAAUCGAUGCCGAGGGCCGCGCGCAGUUCUCUGAGGAGUGGUGCCAGCAGGUGUUGUCCCGGAGUGCCGGCGAGGUGCACAAGCAGCUGCGCCUGUUCCGCGGUAGCGGGCGCUGAUCGGCCACAGUAGACCACCUGUCACUGAUCUCUUGGAAUGUCAAUUUCAAGUGUGUGAAGGCGGCGGGUAGGGUAUGCCGGGCAACUCGGAAUUUGGGGGUGG